AUGGCGAGAGAUGCAAUCAACGGCCAGGUACGCCGGCCGCAUGUGGCAGUGCUCGGCGCUGGAAUUGGAGGUCUUGCCGUCGCCAUAGCCUUGAUCAAACGAGGUGUUCCGGUCACUGUUUACGAAGCUGCGGAAAACUUCUCUCCUGUUGGCGCUGGUAUAGGCCUGGGUCCGAACUCUCUGCUUGCCUUGGAUCUAAUCAACCCUCAACUUCGCUCCGAUUACGAGAAAGCGUCUACUGGAAAUGAGAGGGUUGAAUUUCAAAACAGCGUAUUCGAUGUUAUGUACGCCGAGGAGGGAUUCGGUGAAUCAAAGAAGUGGUCGAGAGGACUGGUCGGCGCCCCGUACUUCUCUCGGAGCAGUGCUCAUCGGAAGGACCUUCUCGAAAUUAUGAAGAGUUUCAUCCCGGAUGGGACAGUCGAAUUUUCGAAAUGUGCGGAGUACGUACAGCAGAGCGAGGAUGCCGUCGAGAUCCGAUUCAAGGAUGGAGAGACCGUGAUCGUCGACGCCUUGAUCGGAGCAGACGGCAUCAAAGGAAUGACUCGACGAGUAGUCUUGGGGAAACGAUGGCCAGACGAAGUCGCUGCAAAGUACUGUCACACGUACAUUUACCGCGGCAUCCUGCCGAUGAGUGAUGCGAAGGCCAUCCUUGGGGAUCAUGCAGGCGAUGCAAAAUGGUUCCUGGCCAAAGACAAGACCGUGGCAAUUUACCCGAUCUCGAAGGGCAGAGAGGAGAAUUUUGUUUUCUUCGUGGCGGACAGGAACGACUGGACUGGCUUGCAGGAGGCAAAGUCUUGCAGUAGGGAAGAAAUGGUCGCGGACCUGGCUGGCUUCGAUCAACGACUGCUGAAAUUGCUGGAUUUCGCUCGGCCUUUACGCUGGCCAGUCUACCACCACCCUGAUACACCUUCCUACUACAACGGGCGAGUUUGCCUCUUGGGCGACGUGGCGCAUGCUUCAAGCCCUGGACAAGCAGCUGGAGCCGGACAGGGUCUGGAGGACGCUGUCGUACUGGCACAUCUGAUGUCGCUGGUCCAGGCGCCAGAGCACGUGUCCUCAGCAUUCGAGGUCUACGACGGUAUAAGGCGGCCUCGGGCACAAAAGGUUGUACGUACCAGUCUCGAGGCGGGCGAUAUGUAUGCUUGGAAUGAUGCCUCUGUUGGGGCUGACAUGCAACGUAUCGUCGACAAUGCAAAUCAACGCCUGCACUGGAUCUGGCAGCACCCAUUGCCCGAGGAUGUUCAGCGGGCGGAAAACGAGUUCGUUAGGCUAGUGAUUUGA